AUGAUUAGAAUUUUGCCAGGAUAUGAUGCUAAACGAGUUGCAGAUGGUUGUGAAACGGAUGUAAACAAUGUGUUGCUGUUGUUGUUGGGAUGUGCGGUUCACGGUGAACAACGUGAUAAAUUCAUUGAUCGUAUCAAACAUAUGGAAAGUGAACUACAAACGGCACUCAUAAAUCAAAUCAAAAAGGUAGCGGAAGAAGGUGAUUGUACACUUAACGUUCAGGCUUUAGAGCUAAUUUCAGUGGACAAUCAAAAAACAACAGUAUUGGCUUAUUUGGAAAGUGUAAUGAAAGAGCGUGAUAGGUACGCCAAUCGAUUGUACGAAAUGUCCAGUGAAGGAGAAAUUGAUGAAAAUAGUAUGACCACUGGUUCUUCAUCAGUCUCCAGUGAAAUGAUAAGGACAGUGAAGCAGUUAUCGGAGAGCAAAUGUGGAGAUCGUAUUCCAUCACCUACUACUAUAGAAAGGCAUGCAAAUGUUGAACUUGCAACCGCAAAAGCUGAACUCCGAAAGCUAAGAAAUAUGAUGGAGGAACGUGAUGAGAUGAUCGCGGAGUUAAAAGAUGAAGCGGAAGCUCGUGAAAUGGAUAUUCUAAAAAUGCAGCAAGAACGAUUGGAACUUGUUAAGGAUGCUCGUGCAGUUAAAGAUUAUCGCGAUGAGAUUGAAUGCUUACAGCAUAAGUUUUAUCAUUUGCAGUUGGAAAAUUAUGAUAAGCUACAAGCUGACAAUGGUAAAUUGAAGGAGAAACUAUCAGAUUUGGAUUUUUUCAAAUCUCGAGUGACGCAAUUAAAAGAAGAGAAUGAGAUAAUGCAAGAAUCGUGCUCGAUAUUGGAGGAUCAACUUGAACAGUGUCAACGGAAAGUUUCAAAUCAUAUUGACAUGGAAACGAAAUUAGCUGAUUAUCAGGAUCAAAUAAAACAAUAUCUUGCCGAUAUCACUAAG